UACUAUUAAAGAAAUUAAACAACAAGCAUAUAUAUUAGAUUAUUAUCGUAGCAAAUUUCAACUUGAUAUUUUUAAAUCAACAAAAUCUUAUAUAUAUAAUUCUAAACAAUUAGAUUAUUUAACAAAAAGAAGUAGUUUAUUUUUGUUAAAACAUUUUCAAAAAGUUUAUUUAAAUCUUAAUAAUAGUAAAAAAAUACAAAAUCAAUCUAAAUAUUAUAUAGCAGGAUUAAAUGAAGAUGUAGAAGCUAAAUGUCUACCAACAGGAUAUCUUACAUCAAAAAAACUAACAAAAAAUACAUAUGACAAAUGUAACAAAUUAUUUAGUAAAUUAAAUGGAAAAGUAUAUAUUUAUGGACAUGCUUAUCAUAUAGAUUGUUAUGAAAAAAUGCAUUCAACAUGUAAUUAUUGUUUACAAUAUUACAAAAAAGGAAUUUUUUCAAAAAUCAAUUCUUUUAUAAAAAGAUUAGAAAAAAAUGAUAAUGAUAAAUUAACUAAAGAUGAUUUAGAUAAAGAUUUAGAGCCAGAAUUAGAUAAUAAUUAUAUUAAUAAUGAUGAUAGUGAUAAUGAUA